UGAUAGCGCUCGUUUCCUCUGGAAGACAAUACCUACAAGUGUGAAGGAAAGUAAGCCUGAAGUUGUUGCUGCUUUGAGGAUUGGUCAGAAGCUCUGGCCACGUGACUAUGCUGAUGUGUAUGAAGCUAUUCGGGUUUAUGAUUGGAGUCAAGAAGCUAAAGAUAUGGUUGCUGCAUUCUCAGAGGUUUACACAAAAAGAAUGUUUCAGCUUUUGUUGUCUGCCUACUCCACAAUUACCAUCGGCGAGUUGGCUUUUUUCCUUGGAAUGACAGAAGAUGAUGCCACAACUUUUUCCUUAAUGCUUUCCAUGAUAAAUUUGCCUGAUCCUUCUGCCACAUCAAUUCAGGUUGUGGAGAAAGGGUGGACAGUGGAUGCAGCAUCUCAAAUGGUGACUGUGAAGAAGCAAGCUGUUAAAAGAGAGAAAAAGGUGGAUUCAUCCAAGCUGCAACGCUUGACGGAAGACAUGCUUUACAAAUAUGAAAAAAUCACCAUUGGAGAUCCUUCGAGAUCUUUGUUCAGUGCCAUUGAAGCUGUGGCAUUGAUGACGGAGGUCUUCGCCAUUGAAGCUCAACACAAUGAAGCCACGCUGAAAAAAUUCCAAACCUAUUCACGGAGAUAG